AUGAUGAUGACGUGCCGUCUGCUGUGCGCCCUGUUGGUGCUCGCCCUGUGCUGCUGCCCGUCCGUGUGCGCGUCAGAGGAUACGCCUGAACCGCUUGAAGAUUCUUCCCAGACGAACACGACGACGAUAACUCCGGCAUCAACCCCGACAUCUGCUCAGAAAGGUAAUGUGUCGGGUGGCGGACAUGGAAAUACUGCAGGAACGGGAGGUGGUAUGACCGAUCCGGAACCGAAAUUAAGUGCCAUUCCCAAUAAUGUACAAGAAGAAAGUACGGAAGAUACGAAGGAGCAACAAAUUCGCACUGAACCAUCCGCAGAACAAAAAAAUAAGGUGUCUGAGACUUCUACGACCACGACGACCACCACCACACAGGCGCCAACCACGACGACCACCACCACUGCGCCAGAGGCACCAAGUACUACGACUACAGAGGCGCCAGCUGUGUCGAGCACCCGCGCACCGUCACGUCUUCGCGAAAUCGACGGCAGCCUCAGCAGCUCUGCGUGGGUGUGUGCCCCGCUGGUGCUUGCCGCAUCCGCGCUGGCGUACACCACUGUGGGCUGA